GCUUAUAUUUUAUUUAAAAAUUAUCAAAAUAUCGAGCCUCAAUUAAUGUGCAAACGAUGGAAGGACUUUGCAGAACGUGCCUGGCAACCGUGGGGAUUGAAUGCUCGUCGGUAUCGGUAUUCAACGAGACGGAAAUGGGAGAUACAAUCGCGACCCUGUUGACGAAGUACUGUUGUUUAGAGAUAACAUAUGACGAUCAGCUGCCUAAGGAGAUAUGUUUGUCAUGCUUGAACGAGCUUAUUAUGACCAUUAACUUCCGACGCAAAUGCGUCAAUUCCGAGCAAAGUUUCCUUCAAAUGGUCGAGGACAAGCAAACCGAGACAGUUCCGGUCGAUGAGAACGAACAACCUGAACAGAAGCCGAUUCUCGUAGAAGUAUUGGAACAUCAAGACGAAACAAGUAGUCAAGUUCUCGCUGAAAGCCAGGCCGAUGAUGAACUGGUAGUUGAUUAUUACAGCACAGUAGAAAUGAUGAGCUUUCGCUGUUGCUUAUGUUCUGCAAUCUUAUAUAGCAAAGAGGACCAUCGAGAUCACGUCGAACUGGUACAUGAAAUCACAUUUCCUGGUGACACAACCCCAUUUGAUACACAUGAAACGUGCUUCAUAUGUGCGAGGGCAUUUGCAAGCUUGGACGAGUUAGAAGCUCAUCAGGGAAAAAGCUUCGAGGAAUUAUUCCAGUGUAACAACUGUGAAAAUAUUUAUGAAACCGCCGAGCAUGUGGUACAGCAUUACCAACAGGCACAUACAAUAAAAUUGGAAGAACACCACGAAAUGGUUGACUCUACGACAACUCAUGUAAAGAAAGUGCCAGAACAUAAAGUAAAAUUAGAUGCCCAUCCGAAGGAACGCUACUGCUGUGUUACGCAUUGUCAUGAUGUUUUCCCAGAUGAACAACAACUGCUUGCCCACGCUCAAGAGAAACAUAUACUCAAACUAAAGUACAAUCAAGAACGGAACGAUGUUACUAAUAAACCUUUUGUGUGCAACAUAUGCUUUCGAUCGUUUGGAUCAAUGAAAAAUUUGAAAGUGCAUCAAUUCGUUCGUGCCAACAAUGUCGAUGGAAAACAUUUUUCAUGCAUUCAUUGCUCGUUUCGAACAGUUAGUCGCAGUCUACUAACCAUACACGAGCGCUCAAAACACAGCGGAGAGCGACCUUUCAAAUGCAGCCACUGCGACAAACGAUUCUACAGUGAAAUGCAUCUUAAGAAUCACUUGGUAUGUCAUUCCGCUGAUCGACCGUUUCCAUGUUCUUUUUGCGAGAAAAGCUUCAGCCGGAAACGGAAUAUGGAGGAACACGUACGCUCCUGUCAUUCUGAGGAAAAACCUUUCAGUUGUGAGGUUUGCCCAGCCCGUUUCAAAGUGUCCCAACAUUUGCGUAUCCACGCUAGGAUACAUUCCGGAGAAAAACCAUACAAGUGUUCUUUCUGUAACAACAGCUAUUACCACAUAUCGGACCGGAAACGACACGAGAUGUCUCACACCGGAGAGAAACCACAUAAGUGCAAUAGCUGUGAAGCAGCAUUCACCAGAAAACGAACCCUCACGAUACACGAACGAACUCAUUCCGGUGAACGACCGUACUGCUGUACGAUAUGUGACAAAGGAUUCUGCCAAAAUGCAACCCUCAAGAAGCAUAUGGAACGGCACGUGGAAGAUGAGAUUAUGUUGACAUCGGAAGUUGUGGACGAUCCGAGCGAGUUUUACACGGGAGAAGUGUGACCUUGAUAUUAGAAA